UUGGGGUUGGGUUUUCUGCACCUGUCUGUGUCUAUUGCAAUAAACUCUUCCUCCCCCAUAAACACAAAGAAAUACACUGAUACAAAUCUCUAUAUUAUAUUUAUAGUGUAUUAACUCACUAUCACUCUCUCCUUCGGACCCCCCAACAGAAAAAAAAUGAAGAGAAAAAAUUUCUUCAAGAGUCUCAGAUUUCAGCUCCUGUUUAUCUCAGUUUUUCUGCUAUCAUGUUCAUCUGGUCUCAAGAUCGGAGAGACUUGUUCGAAAGAUGGUGAAUGCGAUUCCGGGUUGCGCUGCGAAAAAUGCGAUGCGAAUGGAAAUACCCGAUCCAGAUGUACCCGAAUCCAACCGCUCCACCCCACUUCUAAAGUGAAAGGUCUGCCAUUUAACCAGUAUUCAUGGUUAACCACACAUAACUCGUUCGCUAUGUCUGGAGCCAAGUCCGCCACCGGAUCGGUUCUUGUCUCUGCCACCAAUCAGGAUGACUCUGUUACCUCUCAACUCACUAAUGGAGUUCGGGGGCUUAUGCUAGAUAUGUACGACUUCAACAAUGAUAUAUGGUUAUGCCAUUCCUUUGGAGGCAAAUGUUACAACUUCACAUCAUUUCAACCUGCUGUUAAUGUACUAAAAGAGAUUCGAGUAUUUUUGGAAGCCAACCCCUCGGAGAUUAUCACCAUUUUUAUUGAGGACUACGUUACAUCUACACAAGGCUUGACAAAGGUCUUCAAAGCAGCUGGCCUUGAUAAAUAUCUGUUCCCAUUGUCUCGGAUGCCAAAGAACGGUGGAGAUUGGCCAACGGUGGAUGAUAUGGCACAGAAGAAUCAGAGGUUGGUGGUCUUCACCUCAAAAUCAUCAAAAGAGGGUUCUGAAGGAAUAGCUUAUGAGUGGAACUAUGUAGUAGAAAAUCAAUAUGGAAAUGGUGGGAUGAAAACUGGAUCGUGUCCAAAUCGUGCUGAAUCGUCUCCUAUGAAUACAAAAACAAAGUCACUUGUAUUGCAGAAUUACUUCCCUGAUAAUCCAAAUGUAACGUUUGUUUGCGUGGACAAUUCAGCUCCAUUAGCUAGCAUGACGAAAACUUGUUAUGAAGCAGCUGGUAAACGGUGGCCAAACUUCAUUGCUGUCGAUUUCUACCAGAAAAGUGAUGGUGGGGGAGCCCCAGAAGCUGUGGAUAUAGCAAAUGGACAUUUGACAUGUGGAUGUGACAACAUUGCCUAUUGCAAGGCAAAUGCCACAUUUGGGACAUGUGAUGUUCCUAAGAUUUCUCCCCCUCCACCAGCAGCUGCGUCAACUACCACAUCAGAAAACCCUAGCAGCAUGGCUUCUCUGGAUAGCAGACCAGUCCACCUACAGUGUCUUUCUGGGAUAAUUUUGGCUACGACGCUCUCACUUUGGUUAUAGACUAUGACUGUAUACCAUUUUUACCAUUUUUUGAAUCACACGGCAUUUUUUUUUUCUUUCUUUUUUUUUUUUUUUUUUUCUUUUUUCAGAUGAUAUUGAUUAGCUUCUGGAUCUUGAGGUUUGUAAAAUUAGACGAUCAUAUGAGAUUAUAAGCAUGGUAUUAUAUGUCAGGCUUGUGAUUUGCUUUUCUCUAUUAGAGAUAUGUCAAUCAAGUGCAGAAUUCCCUGUCAGUUUUUUCCUCUGUUUCGGUUAUUGUUAGUUUGGGGAACAUGUUGAGGGUUGUUUGCACUUAAAGGCCAGUUUCUUACUUGAACCUUUACUGCAAUCCCCAAAAGCAGCUAUUCUUUUAUAUUACAUAGUUGAAUCAAUUUCUUAAUAGCUUAAAAUUUGUUAUUUAUGUU